AUGCGUCCACUGCAGGACAAGUGUGAACCGACACCCUACGAGGACAUCGAGAAGCUCUUCCUGACGGAUAUGCACCGACCCCUCCACCAAUACUUUGACGACUUCGAUCCGGAGCCAAUAGGUGUAGCGAGCCUGGCCCAGGUGCACAUCGCGCGGUGGAAAGAUACGGGAGAGGCGGUUGCUGUCAAGCUGCAACAUCCGCACCUUCAGGAGUUUGCUGAGAUUGACAUGGAGAUGGUCGAAGUCUCUCUCGGAUGGAUUCACCACUUGUUCCCCGAGUUUGAGUUCACUUGGCUCGGCGAGGAGAUGCGAGAAAACCUCCCCAAGGAGAUGGACUUCGCACACGAAGCGCGAAAUGCCAUCCGUACCAUCAACGAGUUCAGCGACAUUCGGACGUCACUGUACAUCCCGAAGAUUUUCACCGCGGACAAGCGCGUUCUCGUCAUGGAAUUCAUCGAGGGAGGCCGGGUAGACGACCUCAAAUACCUUGCAGACCAUAACAUCGACAGGAACAAGGUUGCCCUGGAGUUGGCGAGGAUAUUCGGGCAAAUGGACCCUCAUCCAGGAAACCUGCUCAUCCGCCCAGCGCACAUUCUUUCCAAGUCGCCAUACAAUUUCGAGAUCGUCCUCCUGGACCACGGAUCGGCGGACCGCCGGAAGUACGCGAAGCUGGUUGGCAACAUCGAUGACGAUCUUGUCCGGCGUGCGACAAGCAUGAUUGACCUCACCGCCCAAACUGAGGAAGAGAUGGAGGCGAUCCGAAAUGCGGUGGUGGAAAAGGAGGGCCUCUUGCUCUCCGUCUUCGACGUCCUGAGGAGGGUCCCGCGGAGGGUCCUGAUGGUGCUGAAGCUCAACGACCUGACGCGUAGCCUGGAUCGGGCUCUCGCGACGACACAUUCCAAUCUCAUCUCCCAGAUGCGUGAGAGAGGCCUGAUGUCGCUCGGAUUGCUCCACGACUACUUCCAAGGGUGGUGGGGCUACCAACGCAUGUACAGCACCUUGGUGAUCGCGGAGACAUACAUGGACCUGCAGGCAUACCUGGUCAAGACGAAGGCGUGGCUCUGGGGACUUUACGCGGUUGGCGGGUUGCAAGGAGCUCACAGGGCGGCUUCUGGGUUGGCAUAG